AUGCUCCCAGACAAGAAAAUUCGAGGGGCGCCUCAAAGCGAUCUCCCAGACAAGGAGAUCCGAGGGGCGCCGCAGGGCGAUGUGAGGGUGAGCGUGGGGCGCAUAGUGGCAGACAUGCAGCUCAACCUCUCAGACACCAUGCCGUGUGUGCGCUGGUGCGACAAGUGUCAGAAUCUCAAGCCCCCACUGACACAUCACUGCCAUAUAUGUGAAAGAUGCGUGCUCAAAAUGGACCACCACUGUCCAUGGAUGCACAACUGCAUUGGCCUUCGCAACUACCGCUACUUCUUCCUCUUCUUGCUCUAUUUGUGGGUGGGUUGUGGCUAUUCAGUCACAGUCGCCACCAUGCUUAUAGCUGACCGCAAGAAGAUGGUCCAGCCGCUGCCAGGGGUGAUAUUCACCUUCGUGAUGGCACUGGCGGCAUUCAUAGCGAUAGCGCUGCUGCUGGCGUGGCACGUGUACCUGGUGGCGACAGCGCAGACCACCAUUGACUUUUAUGACUUUGUGCUGCGGCGCCGCGAGGCCAGACGAGCGGGAAGAGUGUGGGUGAACGAGUUUGACCUAGGCGUGUGCCGCAACUUCCAGGCAGUCUUUGACGUGUCGGGGCCGCUAUGGCCGCUGCUCAUGCUGCUGCCACGCACGGCUGUGCCUCGCGGUGACGGCAUUCACUUCCCCACCAUACACGACUUGCGCUCUUAG